UAAAUAAAACAUUUAAUUAACAAUUAUUUCAUCAUAUCGGAAUUUUACAUAGUUUAAAAACCUUUUUGUCUUUAAUCCUGUAAAUUGCUUAAAGAAGGAUAAAUAGACAUGAAUAGAUUUAUGUCUUAAGCACGAAGAUAGUAACAGAAAUACAUUACUAUCUCGGAGGUUGUGGGGACAGAAGAAUUCUUUAAACGUUUAAAAUGAAAAUGUGAUUUAGGACUGCGAAUUCUGAGUUCUCCAUACAUUUAACAUGUUCGCGGACGUGAAUGCUAUAUUAUUCAUUUUGAUUGUGAUGCAAAGUGACAUGAGUGCUACAACAUUCAAAUUUAUAAGCCACAUGACCUUACAUUUGAUUCUAUAUAGCCUUAAUUUUUUGAAAUUAUUAUGCACUCUAAUCCUCGGAGUAUUAAAAAAAUUGCCUGUCUGUUAUUGCCGCUUAUUAAAAUUUUUGAUGUGUUAAAUGGUUCACGAAAGUAGCGAAAGCUGUGUUUCUCUUAUUUGUGUUAUGUAUUCAUUUGUCGUUGUAAUCGUUGCUACAAUUCAGUUCCUUCGGUAAAUGCUUUUUGUUGGCUGACAGCGUUUAAUCAGGCCCGAUCAGGAAUCGCAAAGUUGACACGGUGGAAACGUUAAAAGUCACGAGGCUACCUGACAUUUCGAGUGAGCGUACAUUUUGAACGAGGAGCUCUAAUUAUCGGAAGUGCAAUCCCGCCCACGAUGAGCUGUCGCAUCCUCUUUAACGAAAGCGUUUCUCGGCGUUUGCUCCUUCGACCUUUGAACGUAGUUUGCUUGACCUAUGAGGGGAAUCGAUCGCGGUUACAAACUCGCAUUUUUCUGUUGAUUCCAUCCCCUGCAAUGGAAACGGUGUGGGCACAACGAUCGUUUCCGCGAUUGAGAAAUUAUUCAUUGAUAAUGCCGUUGGCGCCACCACGUACGAGCGUAUCUCGCUCGAAGCUAUCAGUUUCAAUUGUAUGUAAUUGCAUUGGCUUUGUUCGAACGGUUCGACGUGAAAAUCAUUGAACUACGAAUUUCACCGUUACUGUUUCAAUUUCACCGUUGCCGUUUGAAUUUCAAUUCUACUGUUGACAUUUGAAUUUGAGCUUCACCUUUAAUAUUUAAAUUUUGAUCGGACCGUUAACAUUUAUACUUCUGUUUGAUCGUUGAAGUUUAUACUGGAAGCUACCAUUGUUAUUCGAAUAAUAGUGUAAUCGUUAAUGCUCGAAUUUGAGUUCGAUUCUUAAUAUUUAAAUCUGAAUUUAACCGAUACUAUUUACACUGGAACCUAAUCGUCAUCAUUCUAAUUCGAGUAAUUGUUAAUAUUUGCGUUUCACCGUCGACACGUUGAUUUCAUCGAUCGCCAGUUCGUCAAGUGCAUUUAAAUUAUCAAACAUGAUUUCGACCAGUGUUUUUCGCUGACAGUUCCGUUACACUGUGAUCGCUUGAUCGUGUCGCGGUUACACAAUAUUACUUCAAUACAAAUUACACAAUUUAACGCCGUCAGAGACAUACUGCGCGGCCGUUACGAAAACGGGGCAGCUCGCUGAAACGAGACGCAAUAUUCACAACAAGAAAAACAAGAAAGGGAAAUGAGAAAACCGGAAAUCUACACGCGAUUAACGAUUAUUUGAUCUAGAAACGGUGGGACGCAUUUUUCUCGAUUUCUCGAUACCGCGGUUUCUCGAUAUCAAUACUUAAUGCGUCGCGCGGCGUUAGUGGGAGUCGAACGCCUCGGUUCGAGCCCGACUAUCGACGAUAAUUCAGUUUCCCGUCGGCGACGGAAUCAGUGCUGGCUCCGAUCACGCUCCGUCGAUCAGUUUUCAAAUUACAGCGCGAUAAACAGUUCGGAUCGCAAACGCAGAAGACAGUUAACGAAUUACGAGUGUUCGUGCAGGAUAAAAGUUUCUUAUUGUGAUUUAGGUGCUAUGAUUGAAGGCAGAAUCGAAGUGACGGAAGAAGGGGAAGUUCCGCGGACAUUCAGACGUGGAUGCUGUGGCCCGUGUUGGGGGAUGACGGGCUGAGCCCAGCGUCGCCCCCGGCGUCGGCCAGCGUCAAGGGGGUUAACAAACUGGCGCCUCUGCUCCUCUGCGGCCCCUGCAAGCCCAGCAGCCAACGGAAGAGCCAGAAUUCCACGCAGUGGUACGUGCAGCAGCCCACGUGGCGCUUAUGGGGCGAAGAAAGGGGCGAUGGCGUCAUAUACACGGUGUACCUGAAGAAGGUCCGGUACCACAGGCCCACCAGGAGCCUCUCCGCAUCGGAUUCGGACGACGAGAUCUCGCAUCUAGAAUGGGAGACGGUGAGGGUGCGUUUCCUGAAAGCGGGGACCGUACAGCGUCUGGUCGAGAGUCUGGCGAACGACGACGGGGAGCUCGAGUCCACGUACAUCAAUGUCUUCUUGGCGACGUAUCGUGCGUUCACGACGCCACGAGAGGUCCUCGAGCUGUUGUUGGCGCGGUACGACGCGCUCGACGAGGGAUCCGCCGCCCUGACAGGUGAACAGCACCGCAAGACCCUCGUGCAGGCGCUUCACGUAUGGCUGGACGCGUAUCCUGGCGACUGGAAAUCGCCGCCUAACCAUCCGCUGCUCACCAGACUUUUGGAGUUCACGCAUCGACGGCUGCCCGGCUCGGAGCUCGAGCUCAAGGCGAGGCAUCGGUUGCACAGGUUCCAGCGUGAGGAUGAAAUAGAUUCCUGCAUGGUGUACGAUAACGGUCGCCUGCCGCGCGGCUCCCCGGAGCCAAUCAUGGACCACUGGGCGAGCUACAGCUUCCCGGAGGUGCCGCACCGUCAUUUCGCCGAGCAGUUGACCCGCAUGGACGCGGAGGUGUUCAAAAAGCUGGUGGCGCACCAGUGCUUGGGCGCUGUUUGGUCGAGAAGGGACCGUUCGAGGAGCCAUGACGCGGCUACCGUGCUAGCGACCGUGAACCAGUUCAACGCGGUGUCGCUCCGUGUCAUCUCCACGAUCCUGGCGGAGUCGACGAUGAAACCGCAGGAGCGCGCCAGGAUUCUCGAGACCUGGAUCGACAUCGCCCAGGAACUACGUGUGUUGAAGAACUUCAGCAGCCUGAAGGCGAUCGUGUCCGGUCUGCAGAGCAACCCGGUGUAUAGGCUAGAGAAGUGCUGGCAGUGCAUGCCGCGCGAGAAGCACGAGCUGUUCAGGGAGCUGGAGAGGAUCUUCUCGGAGGAGAACAACGCGUGGACGCAAAGGGAGCUUCUGAUCAAGGAGGGCACUGCCAAGUUCGCCGACACUGCCGGCAGGAGCGACAGACACUUGCAGAAACUGUUCCAGAAACAGAACACUCAUGCUGGUAAUAUCAGCUAUGGAACGAUACCGUACCUGGGAACCUUCUUAACGGAUCUCACGAUGAUAGACACCGCGAUAUCGGACACGAUAGCUGAGGGUCUGAUCAACUUCGAUAAGAGACGGAAGGAGUUCGAGGUGUUGGCCAGGAUAAGAUUGCUUCAGGGCGCAGCGAAUGCGUAUAACUUCAGAACAGACGUUUUGUUCGAUCGUUGGUUCCAUUCAGUGGUGGUGCUGGAUGAUCGAGAGGCGUACAAGCUUAGUUGUCAGAUAGAACCUCCUCCACCUGGGAACACUUUAAACAAUCGCGGAAAGAAGAAACAGGCUCACCAGGGACACCGCAAGAACGACUCGAUAGCGUCCACGUCCAGUUCAAGCAGUUCGCAGUUUUAUUGCGACCUGGAUUCGCUGCCCAGCUCGCCGCACAACUCUCUCGACCGACGCACCUCGCCGUCCCAGAUGUCCAGUUCGUCGUCGAGCUCGUCGCUACCGUCCUUGGACGUGUCGUUGAGCUCGGGUGGCGGUAGCGGGGCGACCGCCGGGAACCAGCACAACCGUCUAGCGCCGGUAAUUACCGCGAACGGGACCACACCGAAUCUGGUCGGCCUGUCCAGCCCGAGUCACUCGCACAAAAGCUCGCCGGAUUUCUACAUAAUCAAGGUGACCAUGGAAAGCGACAACGUGGAAACCGAUGGCGUGGUGCUGUACAAGUCCAUCAUGCUGUCGAACAACGAGAGAACGCCGCAAGUGAUACGCAAUGCGAUGCUCAAACUCGGGAUAGAGGGUAGUCCAGACCAGUACACGUUGGCCCAGGUACUGCCCGACAGGGAGAUGGUCUUGCCGAACUCCGCGAACGUUUACUACGCCGUGAACACUGCGCACAACCUGAACUUCAUCUUACGGCCUAGAAGGGAGCCUAACGACGUCGCCACGGACAGUCCUAAAAGCAAGACCGGCAGUCACAAACGGUAGUGGCGAAUAACAGUGGCUGCCGGAUAGAAAACAGAGGAUACAAUAGGCCGAAGUGAUCGUGGAAGACACACAAGAAGAAUCUCGAAUAGCGUUUUUACGACUGGUGCCGUUUGCCACUGACGUGUUUCGUUUUCAACCAACCAUGACAACUACGGACAGUUUCUCUUUUCUUUUUUUUUCUUUUCUUUCUCUGUUUUCCGUUAGCGAUAACGCGCGCUGAUCGAUUUCUCUGUUGAAUGUUUUUCUUUCUUUUUGUCUCUCUUUUCGUCCUUGUCUUACUACUCACCGGUCGCACACGCUCGCGUCGACGCAACGUUACCCCGCCCACACACGGUAUCCCAUUCGGUUAGUUGGACGCUGUUUAUUAUUAUUAUUAUUGUAUGGCGAUCGUCGCGGACUAAUUUAGCGUUUUAGAUAUGUGUUUAGUGUGAGUCAUAGGGCCUCGUUAUCAUUGGCGCACGAAUGAACAAAACGAUAAGCGACGGUAAGAUAGCUGUUUUAGCUUUAGCUUCGUGGCAUAAUCACGUACGUUUAUACAUAUAUAUACACACAUAUUUGAGUAUAUAUAAAUAUUGGUACCUUGCGAAUCCGACGAGAUUGAAAACAAACAGGAAAAGAACAUUGGAACGGUUUCACGGCAAGCACGCGUCCACGGGAGGAUCAUUGUGAUUUUUGUACAUAAGUUUAGUUCCGUAGCGCGGCUUCGAGGACGCGAUCGUUCGGUCGAUCGAUCAGCCGAAACAAACCGGAUUCGAAAAUUUGUCAAUUAUGAAGCUUCUUCGUUCUCUUCGAUCGCGGAGACAAAGAAACUAAAAAGAAAUAAAAGAAAGAGGAAAAGAAAAAAGAAGAAAAAGAUAAGACAAAGGAUAAAA